AUGUCUGCCUCUGCUUCAUCCAUUUCUUUGUCUUCCUUCAACCCUAAAUCCCUUCCUCUCUGCGUUUCCAGGUCCUCCUCCGUCUCCGUUUUGCCUCCUUCCCUCUCCUUCAAACUUCGCUCCGACCAUCUCGUCUCUAUCUUCGCUUCCUCCUCCGUGAAAUGCUCCUCCCCCGCCGAAUAUCAUUCGCGGUUUGUCAGAAAUGUUGCCGUUUCCUCGGAUUUCGAGGUGGAGGAAGACGACAUGUUCGGUGACGAUGAUUCGCCGCCGGAGCGUAACUCUUUCUCUGCUGACCUCAAGCUCUUCGUCGGUAACCUUUCCUUUAACGUUGAUAGUGCUCAGCUAGCUCAGCUGUUUGAGAGCGCCGGAAAUGUUGAGAUGGUUGAGGUAAUCUAUGACAAAGUGACUGGUAGGAGCAGGGGUUUUGGAUUUGUGACAAUGUCCACUGCAGCGGAAGUUGAAGCAGCAGCUCAGCAGUUCAAUGGCUAUGAAUUUGAAGGUAGACCCUUGAGGGUUAAUGCCGGGCCUCCUCCACCUAAGAGGGAGGAUUCCUUCUCCAGAGGACCAAGAAGUGGUGGUUACGGUUCUGAACGUUCCGGUUAUGGUUCUGAACGUUCCGGCCGAUCUGGUUACGGGUCUGAACGUUCCGGACGUUCUGGUUAUGGGUCUGAGCGUUCCAGCUACGGUUCUGAACGUUCCUCCGGCUAUGGUUCUGAACGUUCCAGCUAUGGUUCUGGGUCAGGUUCGGGGUCAGGCUCAUCUGACCGUGUGUAUGUGGGCAACCUUUCUUGGGGUGUGGAUGACACGGCUCUUGAGCACUUGUUUAGUGAGCAAGGAAAGGUUGUUGAGGCGAAGGUGAUUUACGACAGGGACACUGGUCGAUCCAAGGGUUUUGGGUUUGUUACACUCGGUUCUCCUCAAGAGGUCACAAAAGCCAUCAAUUCUUUGAAUGGUGCAGAUUUGGAUGGAAGGCAAAUUAGAGUCUCGGAGGCCGAGGCUAGGCCACCAAGGCGUCAAUUUUGA